AAGGAGAAAAGAAAAUUUUCGAUUUUCAUCGACAUAUUUUUGUUGAAAUAAAGCCACAGUUUUGGCUUAUCUGUUACAGAUUUUAAGUAAAUUAUGUUGUGAAAUAUAAAUAUGGAUAUGAAAAAUUUAUUUGAAUUUCAAAAAACUGUGAUAUUCUUUGGGAUACUCGCUCAAUUAGUAUUAGUUGCCUGCGCUAUAGAUACACAACACCAUGCACAUAAUCUUGGAACAAUUUCACAAGAGACUUAUAUUACAGUCAAUUGGACAGCGCCUCAGGAUGAUAACUUUACCAGCUUUCAGUUAGAAAUAUAUCAACCAAUACAUCAACAAAACGAUACCAAACAUAUGUUUGUGGAUGUACCCCACAAUGAAACAACAGUUAAUGUCACAGACCUACAACCUGGAACUAAUUAUAUCAUCAAACUUUGGGUGAAUGUCACCACAGAAAUAGGCAACACAACAGUGUCAAACCUAACAGAUUCUGGAAAUGUUGUGGUGAAGACUUUGGGAUAUGGUCCAGAUAUGCCAUGUGGGUGUGACCCAAUCGGUUCUGUGGAUCAACAGUGUGACAACCACACUGGGCAAUGUACCUGUAAACCAAACUUUGGAGGAAAGAACAUGUAUGACACUGGUGAGGAACACAGAACAUGUCGCGGAUGUUACCAUGGCUACUAUUUAGAUAAGGAUGCAUGUAAGAAGUGCCAUUACAGAUGUAACAAUGUGACAUCAUAUGGGUUGUGUCGUCUUAAAGAGGGAACUGGUGAAGUUCAUUGUGACCCCUGUAAAGAGGGGUCAAUGGGGCAGUUUUGUCAGAAGUGCGCUGACAACUAUUAUCCAAGACCAUCCUACGGAAACCACUAUGGCGAACAAGGGUGCCGACCAUGUAAUUGCAACGGGAAUGAGGACAAGACGGAACAUUUAUAUUGUGAUAAAGCAGGGAGAUGCACACACUGUGCGUUUAAUACAACAGGAGACAACUGUGAAAAAUGCCUGCCAGGAUUUCUUGGAGAUCCUAUCGUUGCCAAGAACUGUACCCAUCCUGACCCUCGACACAUGAUCCCGCAUCCACCACACCAGAAUGUUGUCCUUAUUGGUGCAGCUAUUGUAGCGGGAAUUGCGCUAGUAAUAAUUCUUGCUGUAGUUGGUUACAAAAAAUGCCGUCACUGUCGUGGACAGAACAAUCAAUUCUGGUCAAUCAAGCUCCGCGAAGACCAAGAAGCAGUGAGUUUCACCACAUAUAUGGAUAUGGAUUAUCGUAGCGUGGAUGGACCCCCAGGUAGGGGUUCUGCGGAUGCAUCAGGAUUGUACGACAUCAAUCGACCAGAUGUGCAAUUUUCCUCUGGGAAAAACCGAUUGAUUUUAGAUCAUGAUACACACCCAACAGGCCCCAUAUAAGGUGCUGAGGGGGGAGAGGGGUAAGGUUCCAUACAUCCCAGGGUACUGUUAUGUAAUCCUCAGUCAUGGGAUUAAUCUUGACUCCAAGAUGGUGAGAUAUUUAUUCAAACUUCUAUAUUCAUUUGCCAUUAGAGGCCUGUUUCUGAAAAAUACAGUGAUUUUUGUAAUUCAACGACCUCAUAUACAAUAUAACCAUGGUUCAUUUUUUAUUAGAAAUAUUUUAUUAAGAGAGCUUGCCCAGAAGAAAUAAUGCAUAUAUUAUGGAGGAAGGGAAAUAUCUAGUAUUUUUAAGAAAUGGGUCGCAAAAUAAGGUGGCUAAAUUGGUAAUGCACAUGAACACCAUAUAUUGGUGACAAGUUGAAAUGUAUAAUAUUUGCAAGUAUUUUAAAGGAAUGUGUUUCAUUUAAAUCUGCCAAGUGAAUGGCAUACUGCAAAAUCUGUAUAGUGUAAUAGCUCUGUUAUUUACCUAGACACCAGUAGUUAUAUACAUUCAGAGUUUUUGAAACCACAUUUUGAAAAUUUUCAUGUAGCAUUCAAAUAUGUCAAGAUUGUUUCUACUGUCAUCUAAUGAGUCUUAUUGAACAGGUUGUACCAGUAUAUAACACAUCUACAUCCUGGCCUGUAAAAUCAUUUUACCAUAUUUUACGAAAGACCAAAAGUCUAUAUAUAUAAUUAAUGCAUUGUUUGUGAUACUGUGAAACAAAGUUAUUUUGCGACCAUGCUGUUCUGCUAAUUAUCACUUGUGAAUUUAAAAUUUCUUGAAUAAGUCAUCAUUUUCCAUGUAGGUACUGUGGCCUAUAAUCAGUCCAGGGAUUAAGCAUUGUAUAUCCAAAUGAAUUGAAUUUUUAUAUGAAAAUAGAAUGCUGAAUUCUCCACAUGCAGGCUUCUUUGCAAUGCAUGCUAAAUCAAAUUUGAGAAAUUGAAAACUGAAGAUCAGACUGGUGUGAGAGGACAGGCCAAAACAUCAAUCUCUGCCAGAAGCUUUAAGCAAUGAAUGUAUACAAUCAGGAAGAUUAAUGGGUCAAGUUUGACUUGCUUAAUGUUUUUUGACAGGUGUUGAUUUAUUGAUCCAAACCAUAAGAAGUAAUUUAUGUAUGCAUUUAUACUUGUGGGAAAUCCUAUUGAUAGGAGGAUAUUUAUUGUGAAACCUGUGAACCCUGAUAUUAUGAAGUCUUGCCAUUGGCUUAUUAUGUCACCACCACAAAUGGUGACUUACUGUCAUAGUCUCCAACUAUUUUUCAGACAGUUUCAGUGUUUGGCAUCGGGGAGGGGCUCUUUGUUAGGCGUUUGGUGGUCAUUGUUUGACAUUUGUAACAAAUGGCAGGUGGU